AUGGUGUAUCACUUUACUGUCUCCACUCAGAGUGGAACUUACCGCAUGGUCUCUGAAGAGGAGCAGGCUCUCAGGGCCAAGCUGGAACGUCUCACUGUCAAGGAUCACGGGCCAGUGUUUGAACCAUCGUCCAAUGUGCCAGACCACACCAGGCAGAAGGCAAAGGAUGAGCUGAACGAGACAGAUGAGAAACGAGUGUCUGCGGUGAAGGAGCUGCGCGGAAUAAUAAAAGAGAAGGCAGAUGCGGGAGAUGAUCUGGCUAAAGGAGUGCAGGACACCUUUGGGGAGAAACCAGACAGUCUGCUGGUCCGCUUUAUUCGUGCCAGGAAGUAUGACGUUCCAAGAGCUUUUGAUCUUAUGAAGGGAUAUGUUCGCUUCAGAAAAGACUACCCUGAGCUGUUCGAAAAUCUGACUCCGGAGGCUGUACGCAGCACCAUCGAGGCCGGAUACCCCGGCAUCCUGCACAGCAGAGACAAAUACGGCCGUGUAGUUCUGCUCUUCAACAUUGAGAACUGGGACUAUGAGGAGAUCACUUUCGAUGAGAUCUUGCGUGCCUAUUGUGUAAUUCUGGAGAAGCUUCUGGAGAACGAAGAAACUCAGAUCAAUGGCUUCUGCAUCAUUGAGAACUUCAAAGGAUUCACCAUGCAGCAAGCAUCAGGCAUUAAACCAACUGAGCUCAAGAAAAUGGUGGACAUGUUGCAGGACUCAUUCCCUGCCCGUUUCAAAGCUGUGCACUUCAUCCACCAGCCCUGGUACUUCACCACCACCUACAAUGUUGUCAAACCACUUAUGAAGAGCAAGCUGCUAGAGAGAGUCUUCGUCCACGGAGAUGAGUUGGAAAAUUACUACAAGGAGUUUGACGCGGACAUCCUCCCCUCUGAGUUUGACGGAAAAGGCUCCAAGUAUGAUGGCAAGGCCACAGCAGCCAAGCUGUUCGACUAGAUGGCCUCCAACCGCUUCCCAACGAGGCAGAGAGCCGUCAUAUGUUACAAACUCUACACACAGUGGAGAUUCAAAGCCCAAUCUAGCUGUGUGUUUGUAGGAAUAAAGGUUUUGAAUGAAAGACAUGAAUGUGUGAGAAGUUUGACAAUGCAGUUUACAAAAGGUCCCAAUAAAGCACACUCGGGGGAGUGAGUCUGUAGCUCGCAGUCGUACAGUAUUUACACAGCACAAGAUGACCAACUUAAAGGUUUUUUACCUAAAAUUAUAAAGGACAGAAACUCCACAUGUAUACUGACUGUUUUCUGAUGCACAUGGUUUUUAAAAUCUAGUUUCACCAACUUGUUCCAAUUUGAAAUAAAAGGUUCUAACUAACAACUCUUGAAACUAGUUUGAAAUCAGCCAUUCCCUGUUCCUUUUACUUAUUUUGUUUUUCAAUAGGGACAUUCUGUUACUGUGCACACACAAAUCACUACUUCCUGUGUUCCCCAGAUUCCCUACAUCAAGAUGUUGAGAACUUAAAACCUAAAACAUCACCAGAAAGUAAGAAAAUAAUCAUAUUUAACAGUGUUGUAACUGUUUCAAAAUUAAGAGAAGACUUAAAAUACAAAUCAGUGAAUGUUCAUGGUGGUGGAAUUUGUGGUUAUAAGCAUAUUUUAAGAUUUCGAGAGUGGUUUCAACCCAUCAGAGACCAGUGGCUGCACUGGAGGCAGUUUUUAAUCUUACCAUUCGUGCUUCAGAAAACAGUCAGUGCCUCGUUAAGCAUUCAGAAUUUGAGAUUCUAAUUCCAACAUCAUUUUUUUUGGUCUCUCCUGUGUUAAUUUGUGCUUUGUUUGGACUAAUAAAUCCAACACAGCUUGUUUUAACAGCAGGUCCCAGCUUUCUCAUCUUUUUUUCACCAUCUCACCAUUUUUUCACCACCUCCUGUAAUCCCAACAAGUGCCUAUCUCUUGUGUCUUCGAGUACUUUUUUCCCCUUCUUUUAGAUUAUGUUCUUUAAGUUUUAACCACUGUGCUACCAAGUGCACUUAUAAGGAUGUCAAAAAAUGUACAAUAAACUGUAUAUAAUAGCAA